UGAUGAUCUCGGGCAUACUGCAGCAAGUAUACAACGGGACCAUUAUCCAUCCUGUCGAUCAUCAUGGCUUCAAAAACCAAAGCCGAACCGACUGCUUCGGGUUCUCCGCCCGCGAAUCAAGCAACUCCUCACGACUUGAACUGUCUCACAAUCGCUGAACUCGAGGCCCUUGCCAACGAACGCAUGGACAAGCAGACGCGCGACUACUACAACGAAGGCGCCGACGCCGGCACCACCCUCAGCGAGAACAUUUCCGCCUACUCAAAAUACCGGAUCCGGCCGCGAGUACUACGCGACAUAUCCCAAAUCGACACCACGGUGGACGUCUUUGGCCACAAGAAUAGUAGUCCCUUUGGCGUCGCCCCGACGGCAAUGCAGAAACUGGCGCACUCGGACGGCGAACUCGCCACGGCACGCGCCUGCAAGUCCAAAGGUAUAGUGAUGGGCCUGUCGUCGUUCAGCACGAGCACCCUCGAAGACGUGGCCGAGGCGAGCGAGGCCAACCCCAACGUUCUCCAGCUUUACCUCUUUGAAGAUCGUGCACACUCGACCAAGCUCAUCGACCGCGCAAAAAAGGCAGGUUACAAGGCCGUCCUGCUCACCGUCGACACGCCCAUGCUCGGUCGGCGCAACCUCGAAAUCCGCAACCAAUUCAAACUCCCUGCCCACUUGUCCAUUGCAAACUUUGUCGAUCAAGGCGAGGAUGAGGGUGAGGACGACAAUGACGGUGCGUCUGGUUCAACAGCUUCGACACAGACGACCACGACAAAUGCAAGUUCUUCAUCAUCAUCCUUGUCGACAGACAAUACUGACUCACCCAACAACGGUACAACAACCACCACCGCCGACAAGCCCUUACGUAGCACCCCUCGACAAAACCCACACAAACGGCGUGCCAACACAUCGUCGAAACGUAACUCGAACCCCAACCCGAAACCGAAAACGAAAACGAAAACGAAAACAAAACCCAAACAGAGCGUGGCGGGUUACCACGACGGACACAAACGACACCCUCCCACGGGCCCGAUCACGUUCCACACCCACGCGGCCAACCCGACGUUGUCCUGGGAGGAGUCGAUCCCCUGGCUCAAGUCCCGCGCGGGGCCCGAGAUGCCGGUCUGGGUCAAGGGGGUGGCGACGGCCGAGGACGCCACCUUGGCCGUCCACCACGGCGUCGACGGGAUCGUCGUGUCCAACCACGGAGGCCGCCAGCUCAACGGCGCCCUGGCCACUCUCGACGCCCUGCCCGAGGUGGUCGCCGCCGUCAACCGCGAGGUCCCCGUCCACGUCGACGGGGGCAUCCGGCACGGCUCCGACGUCUUCAAGGCCCUGGCCUUGGGGGCGGACUUUUGCUGGGUCGGCCGGCCCGUCCUCUGGGGCCUGGCGUACAAGGGCCGGGACGGGGUCGAGUUGUGCCUCCGCCUCCUCAUGGACGAGUUCAGGCUGUGCAUGGGCCUCGCGGGGGUGACGAGCGUCAAGGAAAUCUCGAAAGAGUACCUCUGUCGAGUCGAUCGGGAUGGGUUCGUUAGUAAGCUCUAGUUUCCAGGUAUUCAUUGCCUCACGGAGAGUGCAACUGUGCUUUCUUCACUUGUUACA